AUGGAUGGUGUGAGCUGGGAGACGUGCUGUGCUGCCAAGUAUGGUCCAGAGGGGAAUCGGGCCUGCUGGGAUGGCGAGUUCACUUUCGAGCGCUGCUGUAUAGACGCGGACGCCGCAAUUCCUGCUGAAUUGACAGCUGUCGGAGUACCUUGGCAGCCUCUGCAGAUGUUGGAAGCAAUCUCCGACGGCGAGGCUGACAAGCGAGGACAUCGGGCCGAGCGUUUCUGCCUCACUGGAUUUCUGGAACAGCUGACUGCGUCCCAGAUAGAUUGCCAGAUGCCUGGGUUGCGUAUCAGACUGCUAACUGUGCUGCGCUUCGAGCCUGCGAUGCUGGCAAAGGAGCUCAAUGUCGAAGCUGCGAUCAACACCUGGAUGUUUGCCAUUGACCAUAUGAAACGUGCAUUUGCGGGCCGAGUGGAUCAAGACACAUGGUCCCACAUUGAGCGCAUUGGGAAAGAAUCUGCAAACUUCCGAGCUGGACUUCAUGCUGCGUAUCGCCCUAGUGACAAAGACUUCCCGCGGAUCAUCUACAACAACAGGCUGAUAUUCAACCAUUUGGAAGAAGCUCUCUCUUCACAGCGGCAAGGCGUAGCGACAGAGGAAGAUGCAUCGCUUCCGAACCCGCUACGCUUCGGCAAGCUGUGUGGGAAGUCUUCCUGCUACGAGCUCUGA